AAAUAUGGACUUUAAGCCGUUGCGAUUCUUCAAAUUAGUACUGUUGAUGUCAUUUCUUGGGCUUACAGAAUCCUUGUCCAGAACACAGUUAUUCCAGGAUGUAAUGAAAAAAAUAGAUCCAGAAAUCGCUCCUUUUGAAUCUGCGGACACAUUUAUAUCCGUCACAAUAAAUGUAAAUUUGAUGGGGAUUUCAGAGGUCAACGAGAAGCAACAAACUGUGAAAGGAUCGUACUGGAUUGUGUUAACAUGGACGGACUGGCGUCUGAGAUGGGAUCCCAAUUCUUAUAGGAACAUCAGCGCGGUUCAAGUGAAAGCUGACAAGAUCUGGUCUCCGACUUCUAUUUGUAUUUUCAAUGAAUUAGGAAACGAGAAGUGUUUCAAUGCCGAUAAAGAUCCAGUUACUGUUCAUUCAGCAGGAUACGUAGCCUACAUGAAAUACAUGGAGAGCGUGUCCCAGUGUACAAUAGAUGUCACAAAAUAUCCUUUUGAUUCUCACUACUGUGGCCUGUGGUUUGGAAAUAUUAAUUCAAACACGGAAUUUUUGCAUUUCGAUUCAAAAUAUUCUGGAUUUCUUCUUCAAUAUCUUCAGCGAAACGAAGUUUGGGACGUUCGGAACACGUCGAUUUCAGUUUUCAGUUAUGAGGAACCUACUACUAAAGUAAUACAAAAUCAAUUACAUUUCAACAUAAUGUUGGAAAGAAAGUCAUUUUAUGUCCUCAUUUCUACAUUUUUACCAGUUGUAAUUUUAUCAGUAUUAAAUUUGUUUUGUUUUGUUGUACCUAUCGACUCAGGUGAAAAGAUGGGGUUCAGCAUGGCUAUAUUUCUAACAUUUGCCGUGUUUCUUACGAUAAUUAACGAUUCCAUGCCGAACUCAUCAGAAAAAGUUCCUUUCUUCACAAUAUAUCUGAUAACUCAACUCGUCAUCAGUGGAUUGACAGUAGUAUUGGAAUCCUUUGUUCUCUUGUUCCACUUUCACUUUUGUACCAAAACAAAAGAACAGUCAGAGAAAGAAGACGAAAAGGGGACCACAGAUAAGAAUUGCCAUUUCACUGGGGCACAUUUGGACAUAAUAUUCUUCUUUUUCGUUUUAGGUUGCAAUAUAUUUUCAAUCCUUUUUUAUAUUUUAAAUGUGAUUUGAAAUGUUUUCCGUAACAGAAUAUUUUGCUAUUUCUUUUUCAUUUGAAAUCUCUAGUUAAUUUUAGUAUAUUUUAUCCAAUGGUGUAGAAUAAAACACUUUCCUGUAAA